AUGAAUACAAUUAUGUCUACGAGCAUCAUUCCAGAUAUUUACCGUCAUACGGCACGUAAAAGCACUGUCUCGCGAAAUGUGAAAUCUCAAGCUAAGAAUGUCGCAAGUCUACCUGUCACGAACACUUGUAAAGAAGAGCCAUCGAUAUUCGAUACGAUUCAAUGCGAUAUCAAAUUAGAAAGCGACAGUCCACCGAUGGAACAAUCGUUUGUGAUUAUACCUGAUAAUGAAACUGAACAAAUGAUUGUGGAACAAACCAAUGACGAAAUUAUUCGGGAAAUUAUCGAGCAGAUUCAAAAUCAAAUACAAAACGACAUGCUCAUUCAGAUGAUGGAUGUGAAUUCAAAUUGUACGACGAGUAGUAUUUCCAUGGAUAUUCAUCACACAAUCGAUGCCAUGAUGGAUCAAUUGGAAGAGAAUAUGUAUGAUCGUAGUAUAAAUACAACGAAUAACGAAUCAAUAGCAACUGUAAAUGAAGUACAUACCAGAGAUGUAACGAGUAGCAUCAAUGAAGACGCAUCGAUGGAAAGUGAACACCAAUCUUCAAUUCUUUCACAAUCACAUACGAAUGACGAUGAUGAUAUUGUUGAAAUCGAAAAUGUGUCAAGAUCGGAUCCUCAUCCAACACUUUGUACUUGCCAAUGCCAUCAUAAUGCACCGAACUCGACGGCUGACUACCUUCUCUUCGAACAAGCUUUACGACAGACGCGCCAGGAACAACAACAAGAACGAUCGUUAAAUAACAAUCGUCUCAUUCAAACAUUGAAACGUCAACAUCAAGAAUUAAUGACAUUUUAUCAACGACAAUUGUAUAUUAAUAAAAUCGAUCGCGAACAACAAACGAUUCAAAUUAAUCACAAUGAUACACAAAUUCAAACGGAUAUUUCCACAAUUCAGCCGACGAUAUCGAAAUCAAAUACUCUCCAAGCAAAUGGAAAGCAUUCGACACCAAAUACGAAAGCUCCUGCAGCUGUGCCUGUACGUCCUUUCAAUAGUUUUCUUACCCCAAUCCGAACGAAAGGUCCAUCGUUACAACAGUUGAUACCUUGUCUAACGACGACAACCACAUCAACAACAACAACAAUAACAAACAAAAUAUCGAUGAUUAAAAAACCAGCAACAGUUCCAAUAAUUUCACAAGAUGUAGUUGAUCUCACCGAAGAAGAUGAUGAUGAUAACAGCAGAAAUCGCCCAUCAACAUCUUCAAGACCACAACAAAAUCCAGUCACGAUCUCUACACCAGCAACUACGACAACAACAACAACAUCAUCGACUCAAUCAACAGCUCGUUCGAAUCCUUCGACUCCUGUUGGACAAAUGUUUCCUCUACGUCCGUUACCCGAACAGACAUCAGUCGAUUCGAAAAUUGCUCGACCUCAACUAAGUAUUACACAAGAUAAUACAAUCGUUCGUCUGACUUGGAAUUUACCUUCGACGCCUAUGGAAUUGAUUCAAAACUAUGAAAUCUACGCAUACAAAUACAGUACCACUGCCAGCACAACGGAUUGGAAAAAAAUUGGAACAGUAAAAUCUAUGCGAUUACCGAUGGCUGUGACUCUGAAAGAAUUCCAACCCAACAGUCAUUAUGCGUUUGCUGUUCGAGGAGUGUCAACUACCAAUCAAAUGGGUCCUUUUUGUGAACCAAAAACAAUCUUUACAGGAACAACAACGCCACCUAAUUCAAGUCAAAUACUUAACGGUUCAUCCUAA